AUGGUAUCUAUAACAAACGCACACAAUGAUUUGAUCCAUGACGCUGUAUUGGAUUAUUAUGGCAAACGUCUAGCUACCUGUUCUUCAGAUAAAACUAUUAAAAUAUUUGAAGUUGAAGGUGAAAACCACAAGCUAAUAGAUACUUUGGUUGGCCAUGAAGGUCCAGUCUGGAGAGUUGACUGGGCACAUCCUAAAUUUGGUACAAUUCUUGCUUCGUGUUCUUAUGAUGGUAAAGUUAUAAUCUGGAAAGAAGAAAAUGGUAAAUGGUCCCAAAUUGCUACACAUGCCGUUCAUUCAGCUUCUGUUAAUUCUGUUCAAUGGGCUCCUCAUGAAUAUGGUGUUAUGCUACUGGCCGCAUCCUCCGAUGGUAAAGUAUCAAUUAUAGAAUUUAAGGAAACUGGUACUUCAACCCCAAUAGUUAUCGAUGCACAUGCCAUCGGUGUUAAUUCUGCUUGUUGGGCACCUGUUAGUUACCAAGAUGUUGAAUCAGAUUCCAGCAAACCAACUAAGGAACUACGCAGAUUUGUUACAGGUGGUGCUGAUAAUUUGGUUAAGAUUUGGAAAUACGAUAAUGAUACACAAUUGUAUGUUUUGGAAGAUACUCUAAACGGACAUUCUGAUUGGGUUAGAGAUGUAUCAUGGUCUCCAUCUGUACUUCUACGCUCAUAUAUUGCCAGUGUCUCCCAAGAUAGAACUUGUGUUAUCUGGUCUCAAGAAAACAAUAAAGGUCCAUGGAAGAAAACUGAAGUACAACAAGAUAAAUUUCCGGAUGUCUUAUGGAGGGCUAGCUGGUCUCUCUCUGGUAACAUCUUAGCUUUAUCUGGUGGUGAUAAUAAAGUCACUUUAUGGAAGGAAAAUUUAACUGGUAAUUGGGAACCAGCAGGAGAAGUUCAGCAAUAA